CAGUGCACAGGUGGUGCCUAUCCCAGUCCGCUACCAGCUCCAGUUCACGUCGCACGUACCAUCCACCGCCAUGGCCGUGCCGUGGAAACCAGCAGCACUGCUGCUCGUCAGCGCAGUCGUCUGCUUACACGCGUAUCAAGCUAUACGGAUAGAGGUCAGUGAGGAGGGGGAGAAGGACAGAUGCAACCUGGAGGCGCCCUCUUUCGAGAAAUGUCGCGACUUCGUCGGCUGGGGUGCCGUGUCGUCCGAGGACGAGGUGCGCUACUACUACGACAGUAAGGAAGGUCGCUGUGACAGGUACGCGUCGCGCUACUGCCCCGACAGACCGGACGCGUUCACCAGCAACAUCGAAUGCUCGCGCGCAUGCCUAGGACGUGGGGUGUGCAGGUAUCGUCUGCCGGUGGUCAUGUGUCUCAUGAUGAGUGAGACUGGCUGGUACUACGACCCCACGCGCAAGCAGUGCGCAACGUUCGAAUACGCCGCGUGUCCUGGCAUCCUCAACAACUUUGCUAGCGAGGAAGAGUGCAGCUCAUUCUGCCACGGUGUCUCAGGAGAGUUCGUGGAUCCAGAGUGAAGCAUCGACCACCCAGCGAGCCCCCUCCCCCCCUCUCUCUCUUUCUCUCUCGUUUAUCAGACUCACCAAGUCAUCACCGUUCCAGUAGAACGCGUGCAUGCGCCAAACCCAUAGUUGGCAGUCACCAGAACUGACAAACUAUAGACUCUUGUGUUUCACCGAUAUGAAUGAUUAUUGGACGUUGAAUUUUUAUUUUAAAUUCUAUGCUAAUCGUAUGCAUAUACUUUAUCAGAAAUUACAAAAGGUAAACAUUUAAAGCUGAUCAUUAGUGUGCCCAUCUGUGGCUUAACCAAAUAUAGGUGCCAAUGGAUUGAAGUGAAUCGAUUAUUUACUGAGAAAUUCCUGCGUUUAUGUGAUUUAACGAAUGAAUAAUGAAAAUACAAAUUUCAGAUUUCCCAAUUAAA